GCUUGUAUUUUAUGUAAUCAUUUGUGAAGUACCGCUUAUCGCUGGACUAACAACCGGAUCUAAAUUCGGCUCUAUCGACUUCAUGUUGUAAAGAUUGACUUACGCAUUUGGUUAUCAUUAUCAAUAACACUGGUUGACAUUUUUCUUGAUUGCUUGAAAAAGAGUUACAUUUACGUGUUCUUUCAAAAUAAAUACCAUCUUAAAUUUUUUUAAUGAAAAUUAUUCAACUCAACUGAGUAAAAGUGUCAGUUUUGCCAAGGUAUGAUAGAUUUGGCCUCCCUGAAAACUCUCCAAUCGAAAGUAUUGAACCUAAGUAAAUUUUCUGCCAAUAAAUAAAUUUGUAAAUUUCUGGUGAAAUUUAAAUUUCUGAUGAAUCAUCACUUUUAUUCAAUUCUGUUGAUUUAUUCGUGUUCAGUGAGCCCAAAUUGAUCAUACCUAAACGAAUCUGAACCAAUUCGAAAAUGUAAAGUUGUGUUUCAAGUCUGAUUGAGUUUUUGAAUGCCACUGUACCCCUCGUCCCGCCCGUGUGGAUCAAUCGGACCGCGCACUGGACUCACAAUCCAGAGGUCGCCGGUUCGAAUCCCACGGCGGGCGCUCAAAAAUUCUUUGUGUAAAUAUGGGUAUUCGGCGCCGUCGCUCCGUGCCAUACUUUCAUACACUUAGGAGCCCAGGGCGGCGAAGUCCUUGUAGAUAAAAAGGAAGACACUAGUGGUUGGUACUAGCAAUGGUGGCCGACAGCUAUAAAGUCAACUUCGUUUUUUUUUCUGUACCCCUCGUUCCAAACCAAUCUGCAGCUAUAAAAGCCCCGAACUUCAAUCGCCAGUUCUAGUUCACCUCCAUCAGCAUGAAGCUGCUGAUUCUCGCGGUAUCGGUCCAGCUAGUCGCCCUAAUCCGGGCGGAUAUUCCCGGAACCUUCCUAAACCGCACCACCCAUCGAGCGGCAGAUCCAUCUGCUGCGGCAGCGUCUUCGGACCAGCAGUGCGAUGGCCUGAGCUAUUACACCACCUGCACUCCCGGCAUGUGUGAAAUGGUUCAGGUGUGCCUGGGCGCCUCAACGGAGUAUCGCUACUGCAGCAUGGUGAAUCCCGAUAAGCCGUUUUGCAACAAGGGCGAGUGUUCGGAUGUGCCCGACUUUAGUGGCGGCUGUGAACCUAAUCACUUGUGGUGCACCGGAGAGGGGUGGUUCCCGGAUCCUAACGUAUGCUGGCUGUAUCACUACUGCGAAGAAUUGAACGUAAUGUCCGACGUGGCCAUGUGUCCCGCGGGAUAUGUUUACAACCCGGAAACUAGUAUGUGUAAAAAGAAGCUACCGGACGAAGACUGUAUCCGGAUUGAGUGUGACGCCGAUGAGGUAUUGUCUCCGUACGGUGAGAGUAAACGUUACUUUGGAUUCUGUCAGCUGGAGGGGGCGUUGUCGAUCAACAUUCGGAUGUACCAGUGUCCAAAUGAUACCAAGUUCAACGGCAAAGGAUGUGUGUACGAGUGUACGGCAGUGGGAAGAUUCAGUGUAGAUUCGGAUUCAAGUGUUUUUUAUACUUGUUUUGAGGUUGGAGGUGAAGCAAUGCUAGAAAAGUGUCCUGAAGGUAAAACGUUUGACAAAUCCAAAGGAGUCUGCACAAUUCCUCCACCUUUAUCUUAAACCAUAAUUCCUUUAUUACCUAGAAAAGCUUUCAAACAAAUCAAUAGCCUUGUAAUCUAUCACAUAUCUCAAUAAAUAUCCGCAUAAACCGCAUAA